UGGCGUGCUACUGAUCGUUCCAAUCACGUCACAUGUGCACCGUUUGUGGAAUACGAUUGAAAUUCGAAGAACAAGAGCAUCGUCGUGUUCGGAUGCGAAACGCCUUUUCUCCAUAGAACUUUUCCAACGAAUCACAGUACAUUGCGCUUUCAAAAUGAGAUUAACGGACGCGCUAUGGGCCAAAUUGCCAAGAGGUCAUAUUUUCAGAGGAAAACAUCGACUGAUUAAACCAGUAUCUGGACUAGACAUUCAUAAAAAGCUUAGAGAUUUUCAACGGGAAGAACAGAAUAUGUUUUACCUUAGGUAUCCUUAUUUAACCAAGGAAGAAUCAUUUGGUCAUUCAAAAGAACAGGGUCGCUUUGAAAAAUGGAUGAGGAAAUGGAAAUUAUUACAAGCUGAUAAAUUUGGAAAACACAAGCCAAUGGAAAACCACUUAAUGCAUCUUAGAUCGACAGAUGGCUGGGAAAGUUAUUAGAAAUAUUAAUAGCAUUUAAUUAUUAGAUUUUUUAUAACAUAGAUUGUAUGUACACUUUAAACAACUGUAAAUGUACGAAGGAAAAUAAAAUAUAAAAUAAGUUAA